AUGAGCCGUCUUCUCAUUGGAACCGCAGCCGUAGGCUCGGCCGCUGCCGUUGUCCUUGCCUUGGUCAGCGCCCUCUACAUCUACAAUGACAUCAACUCUUUGUACUCGGAGAUCAUGCUCGACAUGCAAGAGUUCAAGUUGUACGCCAACGACGCCUGGGGCAACAUGGUUAAGAUCCAACGACCAAAGGUCAGCUUUGACACUUUGAUCGGCCGUAACAAGCGUCAAGCUGAAUGUGCUUGUGCUCGUCAAGCCAGUAGCUGUCCACCAGGCCCACCUGGACCACCAGGAACUCCCGGUCUACCAGGAGACGAUGGAGCUCCAGGAGAAGCCGGAAAGGCCGGCCGUACUGGCGUUUCUCAAUUGGACUACCCCGGACUCAACGGAGGCUGCAUCACCUGCCCAGCUGGACCAGCCGGACCACCAGGCCCAGAUGGACCAGUCGGUCCAGCCGGCCCAGAUGGACAACCAGGAAACCCAGGACCUGACGGACAGCCAGGAGCUGCCGGACCAGAAGGACCAUCCGGAGACCAAGGCACUUCAGGCAAUCCAGGUACUAACGGACCACCAGGAAACCCAGGACAAGACGGACAACGCGCCAACCCCAUCCCAGGACCACCAGGCCCAGUUGGACCAGUCGGCCCAGCUGGUCAACCAGGAAACGAUGGAGCUGCUCCACCACCAGGCCCAGCCGGACCACCAGGACCAGUGGGUCCAGCCGGUCAACCAGGACAGCCCGGAUCUGACGGUCAACCAGGUGGCCCAGGAGGACCAGGUGUUCCAGGUGCUGAUGCUGCUUACUGUCCAUGUCCAGCACGUACUGGUGAAGCUCCAGUCGCCGCCGCUCCAGCUGCCCAAAGCUACGAUGCCGCCGCUCCAGCUAGCCAACCAGUAGAAACUGCCCCAUCCGCCAAGACCGACUACCGUCGCAAGAAGCUUCGUCGUCAACGUCAACGCCAGGCCUAG